CAAAAUAAAUCUAAUUUAUAUAUUAUCGAUGUUGUUGUUUACAUAAAAUAUCAUUAUUUUGUUUAUUAUUAUUUAUUUGUUUUGAACAAUUUUUUUAUUUUUACUAUCAAUUCCUUGCGAUAAGGAGACGAAGUGACGUGUGAAUUGCAUUUAGAGUCAUUAUAAUGCCUUAUCAUUAUUGCUUGUCAAUACCACAAUAUUCAUAAAACCAAUAUAAUAUGAGUUCUUCAAACCAAUCUUCUUAUCCUUCCCAUUUGAACCUUACACAACCCAUAAUUGGGGGUAAGACAUCUAGUUUUUUGGAUGAGCUCAAUGAUAUGCCACCUCCAGCAGCCUCAUAUAAUAUUCCCAAUAGACAAAAUUAUCAUCCUUUAAACCAAAUGUACUCUUCUAAUUAUAAUAUACAAGCUUAUCAACCUUCAAAUUCACAAAAUUCUAACCAGUUACAGCAACAGCCAUUGAAUUUAUUCGAUGCCAAUUCUAAUUUUCCAGUACAUGGCAAUAAUAAUACUGUUGGUAUAUCUAUUUAUAAUCACUCAUCACAAGCCAUGGAAAUUAACAAUAGCACACUCAACCAGAUACCAUACAGAUCAUCUCAUCCACAAAAUAAUUAUUAUAAUAAUUAUCUACCUCACCAAACUCCACAUAAUAUAAAUAAUCAGUCUUAUUAUCCUGACAAAACUGCCACAAGAAUACCCAUGCUACCUUACCAAGAUAACCCUUUAAUUAUUCCAAACCAAAGGCCUCAAGAGAUAAAUUUUAAUAAUUUGCCCUAUCCAAAUAAUUAUACCAAUGCUCCUCCUGUAAAUAAGAGAUUUAUUCCUGUCAACCAGACACCUACCGAAGAUUUUACCAGAGCCCCAAUGGUGCAUCCCUCUUUCAAUCCUCAUCAGGGUCAGCCCAUGCAUCAUCAAGCUAUGCCCAUAAGAUACUACAAUGAUGGAAGGGGUGACAUUAAUAUCUUGAACUAUCAACAAAGUACACCUCAAGGUAUGCCUCAAUCUAACAAAUACAUUCCUAUUACCUGCACUCAUCUAGCUAUUAAAAAUGAAUAUUAUAACCACCCUCAAAUUUUAAAUGAUAGAAAACCUCAACAACCAAGCCCUUUUCUUGCUCAAAAUAAUGCAAAGCCACCUACUACUAUUUUUAACAGGCCCCCUCUCCAAAAUUCAUAUAUUAAUUUUCCCAAUUCAUAUUCAGAUUUCAACAAUAGCAGCUAUAAUAACUCAAUUAAUAACAAUUCUCUCAUGUUAUCAAAUGCUACAAUAGACCAACAAAAAUUUGCUUUCAACGAGAAUGAUCUUACCAAAAUUAUAAAUAGAUCAUACAUAGCAACAACAAAAUCAAAUGAAAGUUUUUCUACUGCCUACAAUCAAGCUAUAUCUACACUACCAUCACAAAACAUCAUGGUAAAUGAAAAUAUUGGCAAACCAUACAUUAUUGAAAAAUAUCCAUUAGGUAAUUUAGCAUCUUUAAUAACACAGGGUGGUUCAUCCAUAAAACAUUACCCAAUGGGCCACACCUUUCCAAAUACCACAACAUACAAACAAUCCUUUUUGGACUCCCUACGAGACCCUGAAAUUUAUGGUUUGGAAGAUAAAAUUCUGCCAAAAUGUGAACCAUUUCAACCCACACUAAAUUUGGGGAUGGCAUCAUCAACACCCUCUAUCCAAAAAAUCAAGGAAGAGCCUACACUACUUAAACAUGAAUCAGAUAUAACUGUCACAAGAUAUGCUGCCUACCCUACAACAUUAUUAAAUCAAAUACCUGGUGCUACCAUGUAUAAACCCCCCAUACAAAAUAUUAGUCAUUUGCCUAUCAAAAUAGAAGAACAUCAUUUAUCAAAAGAUAUGCUAAUUGUUCCAGAGAUUAAGUACCCACCUCUCAAUAGGAGUUUUGUAGAAAACUCUCAAUUCUCUGUCAGGACCUCUAGGCCAUCUCAUACCCCAUCUUUCCAAAGUCUUUUGCUUGACCAGGAUAUAGAGUUUCCUACAUCCCUUAAUUUCCUGCACAACAAUAAUUCCUCACAUCAAUUAUCAACUAGUACACUUGUUAGACAUGCAGAAUACAUUAAGAAAGAACCACUGAAUGAACCAAACUCCUUUAUGAUACAAGACACUCUCAAUCCCUUAGUGGUGUCGAGCCUUGCCUCGCGCGCUUCGCUCGAUUUGCAUGCUUCCUAUCGUUCGCCCUCGCAUCCAAAUGCCCAAGCGAUGGGUUCAUUUCACCCAGCUACCUAUGGCACGAACUUCGGAGUCAGCAAUAACGAGCCCAAGGCCCAGCCCGCAAACUCAAAAUCUGGCCUCGAACCCGUGGUAUCUGGCUCCGAACUCAGUUUUAAACCAGCCCCCAAACGUAAAAAAAAGGAGCGUAAAAUGGCCGACGAAAACACCGUAGCUUUACCUAAGACCCCGGCUCGCCCUAAAAAGGAGGGACCCGUUAAGAAACGUAAUAGUAAAGUGCCCACCAUCUCGUCUUUUAAGACGGAAGAGGAAAAAACCAUCAAUGAUUCCCUUAAUGACCUCUUAUUAGAUCUCUCUUCCUCUCAACCCAGGGAAACCCUUUCCUCCUCUUCGACCUGUAGUCUGGUUAUGAUCCCAGUCGGAUCGUCUCCCCCUGCCCAUUCGCCCACCUCCCUCUCAAUAUCGACUUCGCUCACUAACAUCGCUAAUAACGUAUCACUGGGGACCGGCGGAGGUGGACCUGCCAAUAUAUUAGCAAGUUCGGUCACUUUCGUGGUCAGCCAGAAACGCAAAAAAACCGAUGGUUCAUUAUCCUUGGAUCGUGGCAGCGGAGCUGAUAUCGAAGCAGCUAGUGUGGCUGGCAACAAAGAACCUGGGUUGACAGCUGACGUGGACCCGGCUUAUCGGAUAGAAAAGGGUGAUAAAAAUACGAGUUCGGACGAGUUUUCCUCUGGCCCAGCAGGUAGCGGAAGUGGAAGGAAGAAAUCAAGGCACCGACUCAUAAAAUUGAAAACACCUAUCGUCGUAGGCACUAGAGGUCGCAAAAAGGGUUCGGCCCGAUCCUCUUCCAGUCGAAAAGAGCGAAAAUCAGGCGGUAAGACACCCAAAAGAGGCAGAAAACCGAAAAAAGAUGGAGGUGAUCUGUCGGCCGAUUACUGCGACGACGAAGUGACUGCCGAAGAUGACGCCAGUGAUGAUGAAUACCGUGAUACCACGGUCAGGGCCUACAGGGAUUAUUCUAGGAAGAAAAGCGAAAAAUUAGAUGUCGGGAAGAUUGGGAAUACUGAAGAAAAUUAUAAUGAUAACGAUAAUCGAGAAGAAAAUGAAACGAUAGUCGCCUUAGUGGGAACGGAAGAUGUGGAUAUUUCUUUUAUUGAGAAACGUCGAUCCGCGAGACAAGUUAAACGAAAGGUGUACAUGGACGAAGCCAUGGAUGACGAAACCUUCGAGCGGGAAAUCAUGCACGCACCCACUAAGAAGAAAUCGAGUGCCAGAAAUCUCCAAUCUCUCACCUCCUCUUCUACCAAUGUUGAUUUUUUCAGUUCUGAUGCCAUUAUGGAUGCCAUCAUUGUUCAAGGAGAUUCAAACCCAGAGACGAAUUCCAAUAUUGGGCUUGUUGAUUUAAAAGGAGAUUUUUCCCAAACCACGGACUUAGCUGGACUAUCAACGGAUAAUAACAAUACUAUUGCAGGAAUAGAUAACACGACAACUCUUCCUAACAUUAAUAACAUCGUAGGUGAUAACUCAUCAAUCCCUCUUACUAUGACGACUUCACCCUCAAUAGCUGUGCAAUCUGAUUCGUCUCUACCCGUUAAAUCACUCAACACUCCCAAGAGUGAGCAUAUGGGAACAAUUGAAGAAGACGAUCAUUCUGAACCGCUUAACCCUUUAGCGGACCUGAGGCGAAGGAGAAAACUGGAAGGCCCACACUAUAAGCCCGAAAUGGUCAAUGUGACUACAGAAUUCGGCCGAUCCGCUUUGGCUCUCUCUCAUCGUUUAAUCAAAUUGGAAUCAAAGGCCGCCGGAAAUAUUCACCGAAAUUCAAAGGAAACAUCUAAGGGGGAUGAAAGGGAUUUCUCUAGAGAACCUCUUCCACCAUUGGCCGUUCCCUACAUUUUCGACGAGACAUAUCUUUUGGGUGGAGGCUACGAGUCCCUGGUUGUGGAAAAAAUUAUGGAUUCUAGGAUAGUUACCAAGGUCAUGGUGAGCACAGAUGACGAAGUCAUUAUGAGAGCUAAUAAACUCGAAGAUACUCCUCAAGUCAACAAUAAUACCGAGGAAGGAAUUGUUAAAGGAGCCACGAAAAUUGAAAGCGUCGAACCUACCCCGGAUAAAGGACACCAAUGUUCUGAGAUGAUCCAAGUCGAUUUCAGUAUCGCCCCACCAGAUGUGGAUUCCGCUAAAGAAAAUCGAGUUCCCGAUAUCUUAUUAAACAUAGAUAAUGAUGAUAAAGCUGCCUCGAUCAAUUUUAUAAAAUUGGAAGCGUAUAAAUCUACACUAGAUACGAACGAGCGGGUAACUGAAGAGAUCACGGAUAAGUCUGUUACGAUAGCCAUCGAAGCAAAGAUUGAAGAGGAAUAUCAGUUAAUAACCACCGAUACUAAUAAUAUUGUUAACGAAAAUGAUGAGAAUGAAAGCAACGUAGAAAUACGCAGCCUUGAUAAAGUUUCGCUUAAAGCGGGAAAAAAUAAAGAAGCGGAAACGUUACUUACCAAAGGAAAAAGGGAAAUAACGCGUCAGGUGGAAGAGUUUUACGUUAAAUUCAAGUACUUCUCUUACCUUCAUUGCCUAUGGCUCGAUGAAGACACCCUGUCUUUACUUGACAAACGAGGAGCUUCUAAGAUUAAACGGUACAGGGCCAAAAGGAAAGAAUUUGAUUUGGAUCUACCUGGCAAUAUAGGAUAUAUGGACCUCAACGAAGAAGUUUUCAACCAAGAUUUCCUGGAGAUCGAACGUGUGAUGGCCGAAGACGUCUUCGACUAUUCCUACUUCGAGAAUUAUUUGCCCUGCAAUUAUUAUUAUUACGAAGAAAAUCUGGCCCUACCCAACGAUCAAGAAUUAGAAGAAAACGCGCAGCUCAAAAGUAUCGAUUCGGUCGUUAAUAAGAUUGGAGAAGUGGGCAUAGUUAAAGCCGAAGAAAUCGCCAACGAUAUUCGACCUGCGCUGAACGGGAAGGAAGCAAUUACGGCGAAAACGGAAGAAAUUAUAAACGAUAUUAUUCAUUCGCACCGCCCGAUACCUCCACCGCUUAUCAAAUCAGAGGAGACAUAUGACAAUGCCGAAACCGCGGAAUUAUCCAUUCAAGAAACUAAAGGUAGCUCCAAAAACGAAGUUUACCAAGACCACCCAUCCCGCGCCAAUACAGGGGAUCUCAAAGAUAAUAAUAAGGUAGAUGAUAAAUCUGCUGUGAUAAAGAAAACCAUGUCGCUCCUGGAUCAAGAGAUCGAUGUAGCAGAACCCGAAAUCGCAAAAAUGGAAACUAAUUACGAGUAUGAUAAAGAUGAACAUCGCCAACCCGGCGAAGUCAUAAACAGCGAUAUCAAAACGGACGAUAUAAUCCCCUCUUCAUCUACUGAUAAUCCUGAUCGGACUAAGGUAGCUCCUCCAAUUUUCGCGGCUGAAUCGAGAGAAGGUAAGAUAUACUUGGUGAAAUGGAGAUCAAUGUGCUAUGAGGAUAUAACUUGGGAGAGGGAGGAAAAUGUGGAUAAGGCAAAAAUUAUGGCCUUUAGGAGAUGCCAGAGGGUUCCCAGAAUAUCCACCAAGCGUAUACCCCGACCCGAUCCAUCCAUGUGGAGGAAAAUAGACGAUACCAUUGAAUUCAAAAACGGAAACAAACUCAGAGAUUAUCAGCUAGAGGGCGUGAAUUGGCUUUCUUUCUGUUGGUACAAUCGACAAAAUUGCAUUCUCGCGGACGAGAUGGGCCUAGGUAAAACGGUCCAAUCGAUUACCUUUCUCUUGGAAAUGUACAAGGCCGGCAUCAAAGGGCCUUACCUUAUUUUGGCUCCCUUGUCGACCAUAGCCAAUUGGCAGAGGGAAUUCGAGAUGUGGGCUGAUCUCAACGUUAUCGUGUAUCACGGCAGCUCUUCUAGCAGACAAAUAGCUCAGGAGUACGAAAUGUAUUUCAGGGAUUCCAAAGGAUACCGUUUAGGCGAUGUGUACAAGUUUCACGCACUCAUUACUACAUACGAAAUUUUGAUGCAGGAUUGCGAGUUGCUCAAAAAUAUUUGGUGGAGGGUUAGUAUAAUCGACGAAGCCCACCGGCUCAAGAACGUUAAAUGCAAACUCAUGGAAGGGAUCAAAUCGCUUAAAAUGGAGCAUCGUGUUUUAUUGACGGGUACCCCUUUGCAAAACAACAUUGAAGAGCUGUGGAGUCUUUUAAACUUUUUGGAACCUGUCAAGUUUGCUUCGUCUCAAAAUUUCUUGGCUGAGUAUGGUACGUUAGAUACAGAAGAACAAGUCACGAAACUCCAGGAUCUUCUAAGACCAAUGAUGCUGAGGAGGUUGAAAGAAGACGUCGAAAAAAGUUUAGCUCCCAAAGAAGAAACCAUUAUAGAGGUCGAGUUGACCAACAUACAAAAGAAAUACUACAGGGCUAUCCUCGAGAAAAAUUUUGAGUAUUUGGCCAAAGGGACAAGCUCGAGUUCCAACGUUCCAAAUCUCAUGAACGCCAUGAUGGAACUAAGGAAGUGCUGCAUUCAUCCUUACCUCAUUAAAGGUGCCGAAGAUAAAAUAUUAUCGGAAGAAUCGCUUACUAAUAAUCCCCCAGGUGAGAUCAAAGAGGAGAAAUCCCGUCUCAAUAACGCGAUAUCCGAAGAAACGGCGUUCAAACUCUUGGUCAACUCAUCCGGAAAAUUGGUUCUGAUAGACAAGCUUUUGCCAAAGCUAAAGGCUAAUGGCCACAAGGUCCUCAUAUUUUCCCAGAUGGUCAGGUGUUUGGAUCUCCUUGAGGAUUACCUUAUCUAUAAAAGGUACCCAUUCGAACGCCUAGACGGUCGCAUCCGAGGCGAUUUAAGACAGGCUGCUAUCGAUAGAUUCUGCAAGAAAGACAGCGAUAGAUUCGUAUUCUUACUAUGCACCAGAGCCGGAGGGCUAGGCAUUAACCUGACAGCGGCCGAUACUUGCGUUAUAUUUGACUCUGAUUGGAACCCUCAAAACGAUCUCCAAGCUCAAGCCAGAUGCCAUAGGAUUGGUCAAUCCAAACGCGUGCAAAUAUACCGCUUGAUCUGUCGAAACACUUACGAAAGGGAGAUGUUUGAUCGGGCCGGGAAGAAACUCGGGCUCGACAAAGCCGUUCUUCAGUCGAUGAGGAUGAAUUCCGCCGGUGGUACCGAGAAUAACGUGGAAGGUGGCAAAGAUUUCCCGGGAGGACUUAGCAAAGGUAUUAGCAGCAUCAACCAACUAUCCAAAAAGGAAAUCGAGGAUCUACUCAAAAAAGGGGCUUACGGUGCCUUGAUGGACGAUGAUCAAGCUGGGGACAAAUUUUGUGAGGAGGACAUAGAACAGAUACUGUCUCGUAGAACUCAAGUCGUCGUGUUAGACGAAGCCAGUGCCCUGAACACGGGGGAGGACGCUGCAGAUGGGACGAAGGAAGGGGAGAGGAAAAAUUACUCAUCCACUUUUGCAAAGGCUAGUUUUACGGCUGCUGGAAAUAGGAGCGAUAUUGAUAUAGACGAUCCCAACUUUUGGCAAAAAUGGGCCGAAAAGGCGGACAUUGACGUCGACAAAAUUCAAAAUAAGAAAAACAAAUCCAUAUCGUUCGCUAUCCUCGACCUUGAAGAGGAGGAUGAAUUCAUAGAAGGGGAUACUGAGUCUAUGCUGAAGAGAUGUUUUCAACAAAGGCGAUCGAGAAGACAGACUGCCAAGUAUGGUAGGGGAGAUGCCGCCUUGCUAGAGCCGAAUGGUGAGGACCGAUUUGGUGAUUCCGGAAGCGCCAAAGGUAAAGCGGAUAAAGUCGACGAUUACUAUUAUUACAACCACUUAUCCGAGGACAAGAAAAAGUCGGGAAAAUUCAAAAAGAACAAAAAAGGCAAACCCGGUAAGCUCCUCAGACAACAGAUUGGAUUUUCCACUCGUUCCAAAGCCGGAGGCCGGUUUUCCGAAGAUACCGGUUCGGUUUCCGAUUUUGAAUUGAACGACGAGCUAACUAACGAAACAACGAGGAGGGAUAUGCGUGGGCUAGAGGAGGACGAUGAAAUGGAAGAGGAAAUGGAUGGAAGCGAUUCAGAAUUCAAGGUGGCUAAUGAACCUAGACUUUUAGCUGCCGCGGGUAUGCCUAUGGAGAUUAUCGCCACUGCCUGUGGUAAGAAGAAGAGACGAUUUAAAGGAGGGGUCGGCGGAAGGAUCAAAGGAAGCGGCGGCAAGAUCAAAGUAGGAGGUAGUAUCCACGGUAGGGAUAAAAAGAAAUUUGAAAAUACUGUCAACGUGACCGAUGGAGAUGAUAACAACGCGAGCCAAAAGGUAGAAGAAGAUUUUUCCGAAGCAGACGACGGUUCCGAAACUCGAUGCGAUUGGUCUGAUGAAGGUGCAUGCGCCGAAGUCGAUCUGAGCACGCGUAGAUGGGGUAGGGCUAUUUGUUUCAGGGCCGAAAAGGGACUAACUACUUAUGGCUGGGCCAGAUGGGAUGAUAUAUUGAGAGACGAUUUUGGCGUAGAACGAAGUUCCCUACCACCUUCAAAUCAACAAGACGAUAUAUCAGAUAAUACCCAGCUAAUUUCCAAGAAUGAACUAAUGGAUUCUCCUCCAAAAACAGUUUCACCUGAAGGAACUCCAGCCAUCAUAAUCAAGCAGAUCGGCGACGAGGAAGCGUUAACCGUGACAGAAUUACCCGCGGAUAAUAAAAAAAUAGAAAAUAUAGGUGAAGUUAACGAGGUUAAAAAGGAUAAAGCUUUACUAUCUUCCAGAGGGAUGAACCAAGCUAAACUCGAAGCACUUUGCCGAUUACUCAUAUUGCAUUGCCUAAAGCACUACAGGGGCGAUAGAAACAUAAAGUCUUUUAUGUGGGAACUUAUAGACCCCCUGCAACAUAGGAGGGUAAUAGAGGCUCAAAAGUUAUCCGAAAUUGAAACAUCCAAUAUUAACGACGUUAGAGAGGAAGAUACUUUCAAAGGUGGCAGUGGGGGUGGGCACAAGUUCAAGAAUCAUUCAGGUCUGUCAGCCCCUGUCCCUCGAGGCAGAAAGGGCAAAAAGAAACCUCUAAUCACGUCGAUGAUUUCUUCAGAAAUAACCAGUUCAGACCUCGAUCAAAUUAUCCCGUCCGAUGGCCAAUCUUCUCCUCUCCCUCUUGAAGCCGAGUGGAGUUCAAACUUUGAUACCGAAAAGCUUCUAAUCGACCUUGGUUAUCGACGCCAUUUACAGAGACAUGCUAAUAAAAUACUUCUACGGGUUCGGAUGCUUUACUACCUGCGUAGCGAAAUAAUUGGUGACGUGGGCGAGGACAUUUUGAGUGGCCGAGGGCCCGAUAUAUCUAAGCUGAGCAUUCAAUUACCAUCCUUCGUAGAUCCCGAAAUACCCGCUCCUUGGUGGAACGCGCAGGCCGAUAAAUCUCUGCUUGUCGGAGUUUUUAAACACGGUUACGAGAAAUAUGAAGAGAUGCGGCUCGAUCCAUAUCUAUCCUUCCCCUCGUUAUUCUUACCUAACAAUGGUAGCGAUCUACCUUCCCUUCCAGUAUCAACGCCUCCCAUAAUCGACGACUGCCAAAAAGCGUUGAGAAGUUCGGUCAAAAUUGUCGCCAGCGAAACGGUGGAUUCUCAAGCCCAAGAACAAGGAAUCCCAGAGGAAAAACAUCCUCUUGCUAAAAAGACCCAAUUGGACGUUGGAAUUGAUUCUGGAACGACUAAGAUGGUUGUCGAGGCGGAAAACGGUGAAUCAGAGAAUAAGGAUAUGAGCGGGAGAUGGCCCAUCCCUUCAGCCCUGACCUCUAGGUUCAGGAGAAUCAUAACGGCUUAUCAACGGGCUCACAAGAAGUUGCUGAUGAAAUUUGAGAAGAACAACGAAAAACGCGAAAGACUGUUGAAAGAACAAAUGUCGUUCAAAACGGAAGAAUCUCCGUCUGACCCUAAAGCUUUGUUUACUUCUCGAAUACUUGCGCGGGCCGUAUCCCGUUUGGAAGUAUUUGCACCCUCUCGCUCAUCUAAUAAUACCUUAUCAAGACUAGGCUGCGAUUGGUCUGCUAGGGACCAAUCAGAAUUUCUAGCCGUUUUGAUGGACACUGGCGUGCUGGCCAAUCGUGAGGACGCAUCUAAUGCUCACACUUCAAGACGUACAAAUAGUGCUGGUGCAGAUAACGAAGAGAACAUGCUACUGUCUUGUUACGAAGCUGUUUUUGAUUGGUCUGUUUACAGAAGGUUUCACGGGUCCGCCUUCUCAAGAAAGGCCGACGCCCAUUUGGAAGAAUUUUUUGUUUCCGCUUACGCUAAUUCCGUCAAGACUCUGGGAUUACAACUCACUUCCUUUGAAGAACGUGCCUUGAAAUUCUGUCCGGAUCUUAACUUAAACCCCGAAAUAGCCUGCCAGUUUCUGGACUCCGUGGAUUUGCUUAACUGCGUGAGGGUCGAGCUUCUCUCUCAUCACCCGUCACUUGAUAAGGCUAUUUCGGCGCUCCCUAGAGGCCCUAGCGCUUUCGCGAAAGAUCUUUUUCCCCAAGAUUCUGCCGAGAGAUCACCCGAGAAAGCCAAUGAUAACAAUAGGGCUGAUAAAUUUAUGGCUGAACAGAUGCCCCUAUGGUGGGACAAUGAGAUCUUCGACAGAGAGAUGCUGAUCGGGGUAGCUUGUCACGGACUUGGGAACGUGGCCGAAACCAUUUUUUCCAACCCGGCCUUUUCCUUUGCCGACAUGAUGAAGAAACGCAGGAAUAUCAGGGAUAAAAAUAACUCCGCGAUCAAUUCCGUGGCGCUCACCAUCAAGCAGCUAUUGGAUAAGGUCUCCAUUAAUGUUCACGAGCAAGGAGCUCAGCAGAUAUCUGAAAUGGACGCCAUCCCAAACUUGGAUAAAUUUAUGGCCACGUUACAACAGCAGAAAUGCGACAAAAUGGAUAAGUUUCCUCAAACCUCGGCAAUUGUUCAAAGAUUAAGAUCAAUUUGUGAUGCCGUAUUUGGAAGACAAAAUUGGAUGCGGAGAGAAAGAAAGAUUGAAAAUGCUCUUCCUGAUACGAAGCCUUCCAAACUUCCCAAACCAUUCGAGGAACUAAAGUCUUUAGAUCCUCUGGCCAAAAAGGAUGACAAAUUGAACAUACCACCUUCUCCCGUAGUUAACAAACGUAGGCGAAUUAAGAAAGACGAUUUGUUGGCUCAAAAGGUUCAAAUGUUCAAAGCCGCCGUCUCGAAAAGGGGAGGAGCUGCUUUCAAUGCCAAUAAUAAUGGUUCCGAUCACGCAACACCUGAUAGAAAUUUCGGCAAAAUUAAUCCACCGGAUACUGGCGAUAAACCUUUCUUGCCCAUGCCCCUACUCUCCUCAAUCUUCCCUGGUUCUUCUAACUCCAGCAAUCAACAACAUAAUCCAACAAUCUCGGCCAGAACUCUUAGAAAUAAUUCUAGGGCAAAAACCAAUCAAAAUAUAAAUUACGCCGAGUUGGAGGAAGAAGAAGAGGCAGCUUGCCUAUUGGAUUACCAAGAGAAGAUGCAAAAGUUUUUGUUCGAAAAAUUUGGUCCUUUUGAACCCCCUAAAUCCCGCGGUUCGGGAGGGAAGAAAAAAAAUGACAAUUUCCCUCCGGAAAAUUUCCUACCCCCUUUUCCGUUCUUACCUAUGCCCCCAUUGCCCCGUGGUUUACCUAUCCCUCCGAAUUCAUCUUCUGGAUCUCACCCCGAAUCGGCUAGAGAAGCGGCCGCUUUCCUUGAGAUGCUUUUAGCGGCAGCCAAAUCCGACAACGUGAAUUAUAAUGCACCCGCAACUGCCAAGAAAUUACGCGAUGAACUAACGGCGUCUAGUCCAUACGAAUCAGAAUCAGCUCUCGAUCUUUCCAAAAAUCUUUUCAGAAAUUUAACUCCUAACUCUAGAACUCAUUCAUCCCCAUUGCAACGGGAAAGCGACAGAAAAUCUAAAGGAGACUCACAACAUCAUCACCCACAACAAGUUCCAACUUCUACAUCCUCGUCCAAAAAAAGACGUGGCGGAGCUGUGCCCAAGGAAGAAAUAAAACCACGUCGCCUUAUCUCUAAAGAAAAUCUUAGUUGCGAUUCCAAAGAAUCGCCCAAGGAGAUUAUGAAAGAGGUCAAAGAAAUGUCUCAGAGCGAACCUCAAGAAUGGCGUGUACCACCUCCUCCACCCUUUUUCCAUCCAGCUUUUAUGUUCGGCCCGCCCCCAUCCCAACAUAACUUUCCUUCUCAUAACUUUCCUCACUCACUCCCUUCACACGUCCCCCCUCCGUUUUCCCCCGAUGCAGCUUCGGCCGCUUGGAAAUCGAUGAUGACAGCCAUGAUGGAAAACGAAACCUCACCUUCUAUGGGAGGUGCUUCUGGUAGUAAUAGUAGUGGUUCGAAAAAACGGGCAGGAAAAGGCCGCAGAGUUCAUCCUCUAGAACCAGAUGGCGCUCCUCCUGGAAUGCCUUUUUCCCCUUUUGGACAUCAUAUGCCUCCCCCUCCUUUCCCACCACAUCUUCUGGCCGCCGCCUUAGAGGAUUAUUUUUCCUCCGGCCCUCCUCACGAUUCACGUACCCACGACGAUUCGAGAUCGUCCUCUUCUCCCAAAGAUAUGGAAUUCCCGCCACCACAUUUUCCCUCUAUGUUCGCAUCGCCCCAUCACCCGUUUGCACCUCCCCACUUUCCCGGAUCCAUGUUUCCACCCCCAUUUUUUAUGCCUCCGCACUUCGCUUCCUCUCCCAGAGGAGGUUCUUCUUCAUCUAUCCCUUCUCUCAACCCACUAGCAAUACGAGGAGCAGAAAAACAUACCUUGGAAGACUCGGCCGAUAACUCUAAUUAUUUUCCUUUCAAAGAAUCGCAGGGACCCGCUAAGAAACGAAAAGUAAGGGAAUCCCCAACUGCUGCAACAACUACACACGCCACACCCGCCGAAAAUUUCGUGAGCUCUUCCAGUAUCAUGGCUGCGGGAGGUGGAAGGUUAUUAGAAAAAAUCGUAAACAAAAUAAAGAAAAAGGGAGCUUGAAUGAUUGGUCGAUGCAACAUGCAUGAUAGGUUUGAAGGCUGCUGCUUUGUUAGUCAAAGGAAUAUGAUUUUAUUAUAAAGCAUGCAUUUUUUCCUGUUGGUAUUUAUAAUUACGAAAUCUAUUUGCCGCGCGAUGAUCAUUUUUGUUCCUAUCUUGAUUCUAUUUUUUAGAUACCAGUUUGUUUGUCUCAGGAAAAUGCGAAACUACAAAUCCAGUUAAAAAUGAUUCUUUUUUUUUAAAAAAAAUGAUAUUUAUAUAAUUUUUUUUAUAAAAUAUAUAAUAUUUCGAUAUCAUGUAACAUAUUAAAAUUAUUUUAAAAUAAUACAUUAAAGUAUCCUUAGAAGUUUUAUAUGCGCAUUAAUUGUGAAUUUUUUUUCUAGGAACACCUAAGCCCCCCCCCCCCAAGCCCCUUCACCUUUUAUUUCUACAAAUUGAGGAAAAUAGAUUCUUAUUUUGUAAUAAGAGAUUUAUUCGUUGAUUGGGUUGUUCAUAUGGCACAUUGUAUUUCUUUUGUAUUAUAUAGUUUAACCCUAAAAUACAAGUAUUUGUUUGGCACCUGCUAACUAAUAUAUCUAUUUCAUUUUUAUAAUCUUUUUUAAAAAAAAAAUUAUAUUAUAUAUUUAUUGAUGAUUGUAACAUAAAUAAAAUAAAUUUUUAUCUUUGUGUCCCCAA